AUGUUCCGCCCCGCCGUCCGAGCGCUUGCCCGCGCGCCUGCUGUCGCGGCCCGUAGCCCGGCGAACACCCGAUUGAUAAGCACCGGUCCUGCGCCAAAAUCCAGAAGCUGGAAGAAUACCGUUGCCCGCUUGGGAUUGGCCGGUGGUGCCAUCUACUACUAUAACACCAGCAGUGUCUUCUCCGAGGAGCCAUCAUUCUCCAUUCUUGCUUAUCUGCAAAAGGAUGAUGCCCCAAAAUCUUCCCAGACCUUGAACUCCAUUACCCCCAAGAUCCGGGAAGAGCGGGCCGCUGCUCACGCCCAGCAACUCGAAGAGGAGGCCGGACAGCAAGCUGCUUUCAACCCAGAGACUGGCGAGAUCAACUGGGAUUGUCCAUGCCUAGGUGGCAUGGCACACGGUCCAUGUGGAGAGGACUUCAAGGCAGCAUUCAGCUGUUUUGUGUACUCUGAGGAGGAGACCAAGGGCAUUGACUGCAUUGACAAAUUCAAGGCCAUGCAAGAUUGCUUCCGUCAACAUCCCGAUAUCUACGGUGCCGAGUUGGAAGAUGACGAGGUCGAGGGCGAUGCGCCCGCACAGCCGCCUUCCGCUGGUGAGCAGGAGGUCUCCUCCACCCCCGAGGUGAAGGCAAUCACUGAGGUCGAUGCCGACUCUCUGGUUCCCAAAGCCUCGCAUGACGAUGAGCAGAAGAACGAGGUUCAAACGGAGAAAUAA